AUGUCAGAGCUUGGAUUGACCUUCGAGAGCUCUGUGAACCACGCUGUCGAAAAGUCCCUGAAGGAAAAUAAGGCCCUGGUGGUCUAUUGCACUCCUGGCGAUGAUGUGUGGCUGAAAAACUGGUUCACUAAAUCUUUGGGUGACACCAUCAAAAAUAAAUGUAUAGCGCUUAAACUGCUUCCUGAGGCUCCUGAUUUCCCAUUUUUCAAACAGAUUUGCCCUCAGGUUACAUUUCCAAGUAUCUCUUGUAUCGUGGAAGGCCAAAUAGCCGCAGUUUUGACGGAUGACAACGCUGCAAAUAAUCGAAGAACGCUGCUAAAAUGCUUGAAAUUAGAACCAUUGGCAUCGGUGUUCGAAGAAACCAAUGGCGGAAACAAUCAUGUGGAACUUGAUGCUAUCAACUCUCAAGAUCAAGCGGCUUUGAGAGCUGCGCAAUUAUACCAGGACACUAUUAGGAAACAACGAAUGAUUGACAGAGAGGAACGGGAAAGAAUCAUUCAGUUGGUGAAAGCAGACCGCGAAGAGUUCCAAGCAAAAAGACGAAGAAGUGUGGAGCCUUGUCAGGUUGACCCACCCGCAAGCAGUCUGGAUAACAUCCAUGAUAAUAUCAAAAACCCCGAGCAAUUGCUGGCUAAGAAUUGUACUCUUCAAAUCAGGUUGCUCAACGGCCAUUCCAUCACGCAUCAAUUUGACUCAUCGAACAAUCUAGAUAUGGUAAGAAAAUGGGUGGAUUCUAAUAGAAAUGAUGGUGACGCUCCGUACGUUUUUUUGAGAGGAAUACCGCGUGAAGUGUUCCUUGAAUCAGACGAAUUGAAGACGCUUGCCGCAUUACAGCUAACGCCAAGGUCUGCACUGAUUUUGAAAGCUGUUGAAAGCCACACCAACCACACUCGAGUGGUUGACGCUCAAGGGCCCGGGCUCUUGGGCAAAAUUUAUAAUUCUAUCUCGGGCUGGUGGAGCCCCGAAAACCGCGACCAUGCUGAGAGCAGUACUCGACCCAGCUCUAAGGCCAGCACGUCCCAAAUUGAAGAUUCUGCUUCCUUGUCGUCCUCCAGGUACGUCUCUCCAGCCAAUUCCCCUCGCAUUAAACAUCAAUUAGGACGGAAUCCAUCCGAACUCAGCCUCCCGUCAAGGCCAGUGUCUCCCAACGUUUUUCAAUUUGUGAAUACUGAUGAUGGGAAGGAUGAUGAUGUGCAUCGCAAGACUUUCAACGGAAAUAGUGUUAAGCUUGAGGAUAAGAAGGACGGAAAUGGUGAGGAUAUUAACUAG